AUUAUUUUAAACUUCCAGUGAAGAAACACGCACAACAUGAAAAAUAAAAUCUACUUUUGGUUUUCUUCAAUUCUUCUAUGUUUUUAUAUUACUGAUUACGUACAUGGAACUGAGUUUGAAAAACUAGAAAUUUCUAUGCAUACAAAUUAUGUUUUUCAAUUGUAUGUAAAACUCUUUGAGUAUUUGAAAAAUGUCAAUGAUGUAGAUGACAUUAUAUAUUUAAAAAUAAAAGAAAUUAUUAACGAUGUCUUUAAGGAAGUAAUACCUGAUGAAAUGAUUUUUCAACGCUUUCAUAAAAAAAUUGUAACCCGAAUUUUUAUUAAUUCAAAAUCACUUUUAAUUGACAAAAAUUCAAAAACUUUGACUGCAUUGAGAGCAUUAGAAAUAACAAAAGCAAUCACUGUAAUGCAUCAAUUUUUUCCACAAAUUAUAAAAAAUGAAAUAAACAAAAUUACUGAGUUUCAGUUUGCAGAACUCUCGUCGUAUGAAAUGGAAAAUGUAAAAAAUUUGUUAUUAUACUUUAUUAUUGCCAGUAAUAAAGUAUUUCAAGAAAAAGAGAAAGAAAAAUUGACAAAUGCAAUUAAUAAUAUUUUAAAGGAAUAUAAUAAUAGAGAUAAAAUUAAGGGAAACUUUGGCAUAAUUCUUGAUAAAAUAUAUAAUGAUACUGACAUAAGAAGAAUUAAGAUAAUGAAUAAUAUUAAAUAUGAUCUUAUGAUUAAUCUAAAAGGAAAUACAUUAUCCUUAGAAGCAUCGCGAUUAAUUAUUGAGAAUAAUAUAUUGCAAAAUCUACCCAACGAAUAUCCAAGUAAUAAGAUUGUUCUAUUGGAAAAUGCGAUUUUUCACAUUCUCCUUAAACAUAAUUUUGAUUGUAAUAAUUUUAACGAAACCAAUCUCAUAAACGAUAUCAUCAACCAAAUUGAAUUAAUUAUGGAUAUUAAACAGGAUGUAGGAACAGAAAAUCAAGAAAACAUUACUACAAUAAAUAAUAAUUUUACAUCGAUCGAGCAAAAUUUAACAUUUAUACUAAUCGAAUGUGUUAAACAAUAUAAUACAGAUAAAAUAUAUGAGGUGGAUAAAAUUGUCAAAAAUUUGUUAAAUAACAUUGAGCUGAAAAAAUACUUCUGUACAAAUAAUAUGCAAGCAACACUAUCAUUGUUCAAAAAGUAUUUAUUGAACGUGAUAGAAAAACAAGUGGAACAUUUUUCCUUCAGAGAACGGAUUGAAAAUAUUUUUAAUCUUAAGGAAACUAUUUCUAAUACAACUAUUCAAACACAUGACAAAGACAAUUUUAAUCUUGACAGGAAUUGGUUAUCUUGCGCGAAUGAAAUUUCACGAAAAAUUGUAGAUUUGAUUAGAAACUCAGUAAUUUUGUUUCCACAUAUUGCAUUAUCUAAGAAUAAAAUUGAAUCUUCUAUUCAGACAAGUGAUAUUUAUCAACUGUAUGUAAAUCUUUUUGAGAAUUUUGAAACUGACAACAUCCCUUUCAACUAUAAUAAUAUUUUAGAUAUACAAAGUGUUAUUUUAAAUACUCUACAGGAUAAAUUACAUAAAAUAAAAAGAAAUCAAACUGUUAAAUCAAAAACCAUUAGUGCAAUUGGUCUUGUAAUAAAUCAGCAUUUCGGUAUCAGGAAUUCAAGAAUAAAUGCAGUUUGUGCAAUAGGUCUGACAAAACAUGUAGUUGGUAUAAUAAGACCUCAAACAAAUUAUCAAACAUUUGAAAUUAAUGAUAUUCGAGGAUUUAAUUUUGUAAAACUCCAGUCAUAUGAAAUGGAAACAUUAACUACUUUAAUCUUUAAUUUCAUUGCAGUGACUCAAGAACAGUUUUUUGAAAAAUAUGAAAAAAAAUUGUACAACAUGAUUCAUGAUAUUUUAAUGGAAUAUAAGAGUAGUACAAAAAUUAAAGAGAACUUUCAGAUAAUUCUCGAUAGAAUAUAUAAUGCAAGUGAUUAUAUAUUAAACAAUAAUCAUAUUUUAGAAAACUCAUCCAAUAAUUGUCAUGUGAAUUGGGAUACAGUGAUCCAAGAAAAAUUAAGAUUCUUGAAAGAUUUGAAUAACAAAUCUUUAAGACAAUUAGAGACUACAAUUCUAGAAGAAGUUUUGCAAAAGUGCCCAAAUCUUACAUCAGUUGUAUUCAAUAAAAUUUCUAGAGAAAUUUCUUGUACCCUCUUAAAAUACAGAAAUAUUAACCGGACAAUGCUAAUUGUUGAGAUUUCUUAUGAUGUUGCAAACGAUAUUAAAAAUAUCUUGGAUGAUAAAGAAAUUUACAAUCUCAAUGAUUUUCAAUCUGAUAAGUGUCUGUCAUAUCAUUACAAUUUUAAUUUGAGUAUUUUCAAUGAUACUGUAAACGAUAAAAAGUAUUUAUCUAUUGAUCAUAAUGAAUUGUAUGGAAAUAUUUCUCACUUAUUAAGUGGCAAAAAAAAUGAAACCAACUCUUAUAUUCUACAAAAAAUUCCGACAAUACUGAAUAACAUUCCUGACACUGUUCGUGAAACUAUAUCAAAUAUAACUUUUGAAUCACUUGAAAAAUACAAAAUACUUAAUAGCGAGAGGAAACGCUCAUCUUUUGCCAUUGAAAUUUCACGAAAAAUUGUAGACUUGAUUGAAAAUUCAAAAAUUCCGGUUACUACUUCUCUUUCACAUAUUACAUUAUCUCAGCCUAAAAUUGAAUCUUCUAUUCAGACAAGUGAUAUUUAUCAACUGUAUGUAAAUCUUUUUGAGAAUUUUGAAACUUACAACAUCCCUUUCAACUAUAAUAAUAUUUUAGAUAUACAAAGUGUUAUUAUAAAUACUCUACAGAAUAAAUUACCUAAAAUAAAAAGAAAUCAAGCUGUGAAAUCAAAAAUCUAUGGUGCAAUUGGUUUUGUAAUAACACCGCAUUUUGGUAUCAAGAACUCAAGAAUAAAUGCAAUUUGUGCAAUAGGUCUGACAAAACAAGUAGUUGGUAUAAUAAGUCCUCAAACAAAUUAUCAAAGAUUUGAAAUUAAUGAUAUUCGGGAAUUUAAUUUAGUAAAACUCCAGUCAUAUGAAAUGGAAACAGUAACUACUUUCCUCUUUAAUUUCAUUGCAGUGACUCAAGAACAGUUUUUUGAAAAAUAUGAAAAAAAAUUAUACAACAUGAUUCAUGAUAUUUUAAUGGAAUAUAAGAGUAGUACAAAAAUUAAAGAGAACUUUCAGAUAAUUCUCGAUAAAAUAUAUAAUGCAAGUGAUUAUAUAUUAAGCAAUAAUUAUAUUUUAGGUACUCUAGAACCAUAUCUCAAUGAAAUUGUAACCGGCAAUACAUCAUCCUUACUAAUGUCUAAUUCAAUUAUGAGAAAUAAUAUAAUGAAAAACUUGCCUCUGAAUUUUCAAGAAAUUAAGAUAUUUCUAUUGGAAUCUGCGAUUUUUCACGUUCUCCUUGAACAUAAUUUUGACUGUAAUAAUUUUAACAGAACUAAUCUCAUAAACGACAUCAUCAACCAAGUUGAAUUAAUUUUGGAUACUAAACAAGAUUUAGGAACAGAAUAUCAAGAAGAAAUUAAUACCAUGAACAUUAAUUUUACUUCGAUAGUGCAAUAUUUGACAUUUUUUCUAAUCGAAUGUCAAAAAGGCUACUAUAAUGGUAGACCGUAUUCGAUGGAUGUAAUUACCCAAAAUGUGAUUGAUAUUAUUACUUUGGAAAAAUUUAUUUGUCCAAAUAAUAAGCGAGCAACAUUUUCACUGUUCAAACAGUAUUUUUCCAAUGUAUUAAAAACGGAAGUAAAUCAGCAUUUCUUCAGUGAACAGAUGGAAAAUAUUUUUAAUCUUGAAGAAACUAUUACAAAGUUAUUUCUUCUUGAGUAUUCAAAGUGUGUUUACGAAAAAGGAUAUAACUUAAAUAUUCAAAAUAGAUUUAAACAUAUAAAUGCCGAUUGGCGUUGUUUAAUAAAAUAUACACACCAAAAAAAAUAAAAUCUUAAAGUGAGAAGAAAAUUCCGCUUCAAUUUAAUUUUUUUUUUAAAUAUGUAUAUGAAUAUUCAUCUAAAAAAUAGAGGAUUCUUUUUUUUAUUUAAGAAGAUUUUGGUUAGAUGAUAACUUUAAAUCUUUCUUUUUCGAUUGAAAGUAUUCUUUUCUAAUUGAAAUAUUUUUUUUAUAAUUGAAAUUAUUCCUCUAGAAACGAAAGAAAAUUUAUAAUAGUGAAAACAUUUUUAAGAGCAUUUGAACCUUCGUGACGUCACAAAUCAUGGCGCAUGACACGCAAACUUCUCAGGUAUGUGAAAAGCACAAUUUUGAAUAUUUUUUAAAAAAACCUUUUGGAAAAUGUUCAGAGAAACAUAGACUAUGUCUGUUAUGUGCGGAAAAUUCAAAAUUUUGCGUUUAAAACGUUUUUUAAACAAUGUUAAGGUCACAAAUCAUGGCGCAUGACACGCAAACUUCUCAGGUAUGUGAAAAACACAAUUUUGAAUAUUUUUUAAAAAAACCUUUUGGAAAAUAUUCAGAAUAACACAGACUCUGUCUGUUAUGUGCGAAAAAUUCAAAAUUUUGCGUUUAAAACGUUUUUUAAACAAUGUUUAAGUUGGUUGUCACAAGUAAGGAAAAAUACACGAAUUGCUUAUAUGUAGUCAUUGUUUAAAAAACGUUUUAAACGCAAAAUUUUGAAUUUUCCGCACAUAACAGACAUAGUCUAUGUUUCUCUGAACAUUUUCCAAAAGGUUUUUUUAAAAAAUAUUCAAAAUUGUGCUUUUCACAUACCUGAGAAGUUUGCGUGUCAUGCGCCAUGAUUUGUGACGUCACGAAGGUUCAAAUGCUCUUAAUAUUGUUUGUUUUUGCUUCCUCGUGGAGGAAGCUUUGUAGUCCUUUCGUUUAUAAAACAUUUCAAAGUGGCGGAAACAAAUUUUUUUCUUUAUAUAGAAACAUGUUAUAUGAGAUCCUGAUCAAUUGUCCGGAUGUAUGUAUGUGUGUGUGUGGAUCCCUUUUUUGUUUAGAAGAUAACUUUAACAGGUUUUAAUGGAUUUAGAUAAAAUUUGGUAGGCUUAUUUAUCAUAUUAAUAUCUCAAAUCUGACCAAAAGAUUUUGAAAAAUACCCCAAAAAAAAAAUUUUAUCGUCUUUUUUCCAAAAAUUUUUUUUUAAUCGAAAAAAUUUUUAAAUAGAAAAAUUUAAGGUUAUAUAUAAUAAAAUCGUAUUCUGUACGUCAAGACGAAUCGAUCGAUAUAUAUAUAAAGUAUACAUUUGAGGUAAAUUUAAAGAAUUAAUGAAAGUUAAAAAAUCAAAAAUUCACAUUUUGGCUAUAAAAUUUUGUGAUUUUUAAAAUUGAAGUUUAUAUAUGAAAUAAUUGUAUUCCUUACGUCAAGACGAAUCGAUCGAUAUAUAUAAAGUAUACAUUUGAGGUAAAUUUAAAGAAUUAAUGGAAGUUAGAAAAUCAAAAAUUCACAUUUUAGCAAUAAAAUUUUGCUUUCUCCACGAGGAAGCAAAUUUUUUUGCUGAUCGUAAAGAGGAAGCAAAAUGUUCAUGUAAUGAACAUCUGAAUGUACAACUUGUUUGUUUUCUUACGCACACCUCCAAACCGUUCGAAAAGUAACAGUUAAAGAAUAAAUAAUGAACAUCGCACUAAGAAACCUUCUAUGUGAACUGGGACUAAUAAAUUUUUUUAUGUAAAUACAAAUAAGAAUGAAUUAUAUAUUUUUAUUUAUAGAAAUGUUUAUAAAUUAUUGUUUCAAUUUCUUGGAAAGAUGUAAAAAAAAAUUUUUAUGUAAAUUAUUCAUAAACUUUUUUCACUUGCA